UGACAGGAGAACUGGAAUAGAGACUGGGACUUCAUUUAAGGGAGGGUUUGGCCUUAAUGUUUGUUGUGGCAAAGCAGACAGGUUAAUUUAUUUCUUAGAAUAUCCACUAUGACAGUGAGGGGGCCUUAAGGGAUUUGAAGGCUUUCAUCCUAUAUCCCUGUUCCACUUGGACUAGAUUGGUAAAUUACUGGAUAGCGUUCUUAAAUUUUUGGUUUCCUACAAGUUUGUUUUAUUGUUAAGGCACCAUCUUCAGCACACUUCUUUAGUACUAUUAGAGUUUAGAGACAGCUUGAAGCAAACAUCCCAGCUCUGUGAACUUCAACUUGGGGAUAAACUUCAGAUUGGCUUCCUGACAUUAAAGAGAAAAUGCUGCUAUCAGUGACGUCCAGGCCUGGGAUUUCGACUUUUGGCUAUAACAAGAACAACAAGAAGCCAUAUGUGUCGUUGUCUCAGCAAAUGGCACCACCUAGUCCAAGCAGCAGUACCCCUAACAGCAGCAGUGUGAGCACUGCAAAUGACCAGCUGAGUAAGACCAACCUCUACAUCCGGGGAUUGCAGCCAAGCACUACUGACCAGGACCUGGUGAAGUUGUGUCAGUCAUACGGCAAGAUUGUCUCCACUAAAGCCAUCCUGGACAAGACCACAAACAAAUGCAAAGGCUAUGGCUUUGUGGACUUUGACAGCCCUUCAGCAGCGCAGAAAGCGGUAACAGCACUGAAGGCCAGUGGUGUACAAGCUCAGAUGGCCAAGCAACAGGAGCAGGACCCCACGAAUUUAUACAUCUCAAACCUCCCACUGUCAAUGGAUGAGCAAGAACUGGAGGGGAUGCUGAAGCCCUUUGGCCAGGUUAUCUCCACUAGAAUCCUUCGAGACACCAGUGGGACCAGCAGAGGGGUUGGCUUUGCCAGGAUGGAGUCCACAGAGAAGUGUGAAGCCAUCAUCACCCACUUUAAUGGAAAAUAUAUUAAGACACCCCCUGGAGUACCAGCCCCAUCUGAUCCCUUGCUUUGCAAAUUUGCUGAUGGGGGUCCAAAGAAACGACAGAACCAAGGAAAAUUUGUGCAGAACGGACGGACCUGGCCAAGAAAUGGAGACAUGAGUGGCAUGGCUUUGACCUAUGACCCCACCACAGCUCUUCAAAAUGGGUUUUACCCACCUCCUUACAACAUCACCCCCAACAGGAUGCUCGCUCAGUCUGCACUGUCCCCGUAUCUUCCAUCUCCUGUGACGUCGUAUCAGAGAGUAACUCAGACAUCUCCUCUACAAGUGCCUAACCCGUCUUGGAUGCACCACCAGUCCUACCUCAUGCAGCCUUCAGGUUCAGUUCUGACACCAGGAAUGGACCAUCCCAUUUCUCUCCAGCCUGCCUCCAUGGUGGGACCUCUUACCCAGCAGUUGGGCCACCUCUCUCUCAGCAGCACGGGCACGUAUGUGCCAACAGCUGCAGCUAUGCAAGGGGCUUACAUCUCCCAGUACACCCCAGUGCCUUCUUCCAGGGUUUCAGUUGAGGAGAGUGGCAGCCAGCAAAAUCAAGUGCCGGUGGAUGCACCCUCAGACCACGGCGUCUACUCUUUCCAGUUCAACAAGUAACAAUGGGUUUCCCUCCCCGUCUUUGUUGAAUAUAAAAGAAUUCUUGGAGAUGCUGAUGCUCCAGACUCCAGAGGGCUGACCAGGAAUACAGCCCUUCUGUGGGCCCAGCUGAGGACUAACACUUGGUCGUCGGUUUUCACAGGCCUGGGCCUGGAAAAAGAAACCUCUGCACCCCUGCCUUCUGCUCUUCCUCCACUCUUGGUGGAGCCUGGGGGGGUGGUGGCUGUCACCUUUUGUGUGUGCUGCAGUCAAGGACAUCGACCAAACUUCUUUUCUUUUGUGAAGAAAGUUUGCUGUUUUCCUUUUAACUGCAAUAUACUCUUAUCCUACCCCAAAGAGACAUGGUGCCUGGAACUUCUCAUCUUUGUGAAAAACCAUUUUUGAUGUGUUGGACUUAUUUGGGAAGGCUUUUUUUUAUUAAAAAAAAAAUUAUUUCUUAAGAAAAAAGAUGUGGUGCUAGAACACUAAUGGAGCCCUUCGUGGGCCCUUCUUGCUGAGUUUAGCAGUGGACUUUUUUUUUGUGGGGAGGUGUGUGUAAGAAUACACAGACUUUCAAUGUUUUAUUUUAUAAAGCUCUUAGAUCACACAUCCCAUCUCUUCUUCACAUACAUUUUAUGCCUUCUUUUCCUCAUCCAGAUUGUUCUUUUUCUCUUUUCCAUACAGCAGAACCUGCUUACUUUAACCUCUUUACAGCUUUUAAUUUUGUGAUUUUUUUUGAAUGAAAUUUCCUAUGGAGUUUGAGGGGCGGGGCAAGGAACAGGGAGACUAAGCAGGCAGUGGAAGCGGCUUUUCCUCCCUCUGCCCUUCCGAAAGCAGAGCCUUGACCUCGGCUGACUAAGGAGACAGUUCCACCGCCUUUGGUAGCCAUCUUUGAUCCAAAUUGGGAUGAAGACUAGGUUUUCCCUGGCAAGUUCCAGAGAAACAGACCUACUGACUUCUAAUUCUUCUCACUGCCGAGGCCAGCACCACACCUUCUGAGAAAAUGUCUUCUCCAGCUACAGCUUUUCAGGAAUGCCUGCUUUUUGCUUCCCGGAGGACCUUUUCUGCCCUGGGUCUCAGGGCCCCUCUCUUCCGUGUCGCAUGUCAUUGCCAUGCUCAGAGCCUUUGCAUUUGUGACCUUGCUGAAUCCACUUAGGUUCCUUCCCCACCGUGGACCACCAGUGGCUUCACCUUUAGACCAGUGAUUCUCAGAGAGGUGGUUUUGUCCCCUAGAGGCCUUUUGACAUUUUUUGAUGGUCACAUCUGGGCGUGAGGCUGUGCGCUGCUGCCAUCUAGUGGCUGAAGACUAGGGAUGCUGCUGAACAUCCUGUAGUGCACAGGAGACCUGGCUCCCCCAACCAAAGAAUUCUCUUGACUCAAAAUGUCAGUAGUGCCACGUUUAGGAAACCCUGAUGAAGACAGUGUCAAGCCUGCCUGUGUACCAGAGGUCUUGGUAAAUUCCCAGCCCUGGACACACAGUGCCUUUUGAGCUCCGGGCAACUAGUUGAGAGAGAACUGAGGUUCUUUAAUUUUCCCCAGGCUUUGACCUUUGGCACCUCGAUGUAUACAGCAAGGGCUGCCCUUGAAAGGUUCAGGCCAUGUGCACACACACAUUGAGAGGGAUCGAGGCGGCAGCUGUUCUCUGUGUUUGUGUGUGCUAUGCAGGGGGUGGGAAAGGACAAAGUUCUUUCUAACUGUCCAGAGCAUUUGGGCCCCUUUCCCAGGGAACCAUGAUGUCAAAAAUAAUUUUCCUUGUGGAAGGACAGCAGGGAGCUAGGAGAGAAAAGAGCAAUAAAUCCCAUCUCAGUAUUCCCAAGGUCAGGAGCCCUUCACAACAAGCCUCUGUUUUGCUCUUCAACCCUGCCUUCCUUCUGCAAGACCUGGCUACGCACCUGGAGACAGAUCAGAGGAAGCCUUUGCCCAUCAUCCAGGAAGGUCGGUCCUGCACCUUCUCUUCCCAGUCACUCCCUUCUACACUGAAAGGAAGAGUGCUGCUCCCCUUCACUUCCAGGUCAGGUGUCUGUCUCUGAGACAGACAGAAAGCCCAAUGAUGGAGAAUGGGGAAACAGGUGUUCAGUAGGCUGGCUGUAGGGAGGGGAAGGAGAUGCUCCAGGGCGGGAAGAGGCUGUGAUGUCAGUUGUACACAGAGCUUGGGCCCAGCUCGCCCUUCCCUUUGCCCAUCCCAGAGUUGAGAGCCCUGCUGCUCCCCACCCCGAGUCCUCUUGUGCAUCCUGAGGGUGAGGAAGUAGAGGCAGCAGACAGUAGGUAGGGGAUAAUAGGUAAGAUGGAAAAUACAAAAGACGAAAUUGCCGGUUUUCUCAUGGGUACUUCCAACCUCAGGAAGGGUUUAUCUGAUGUAAAACAGCCCCAGUAACCUUCUGGGAGGGUUUGCCUGGGCAGGUAGUGCUUGUUUCUGAGUCUCUAGUCCUUAGUCAGAAAAGUACACCAUAGGUCUCUUCAGGGGCUUUGAAGAAAAGAAGAGUCUAGUUCAGUUCAUUAAUAGCAGUUUGGAGGAACCUUGCUUUGCUAGGAGGUUUAGUGAAAGGAGGGCCUUUCAUGUGCAGAAGCUGUUGACAUUAAUGCUGCCCCUUCUCUGCCUCUCAGAAUUCUUGGUUCUACUUUCUCUGUAUUUAAAUGGCUCUUAUUUUGCAUUGUUUUGUUUUAAAAUUAUGAAGUUACCUUUAGUCCGUUUUCCUCAUGUGAAUCUGCUUAAUGGAUUUUAUUAAUGAAUGUUUCUGGUUUGGGAGGUUUGGGCAUGGGAAGUGAGGGAGUGAGAGCCUGAAGUUAUCUUUGUAGUGGUUAAUGGCAUCGUGGAAUUUUGUUUGGACCGUUUUGGGUUACACUCAUGAUACUUUCCCCCUAAUUGUUAGUUCUUUUCUGACAGUUCAUAACAUGGGUGAGUGGAAAAAGGAGAGAAGGAAUGACGGCCAGUUUUUCUCUCUCAAAACGGCCCCCUGGUGGCAGUGGUGCUGCUGAGGGAUUGUAGGGGGCGUCUGCAGGCUCAUAGCCUUGGGCUGGGCUCAUUGAACUAUGCUAGUGUUUUCUGCGUCCUGUCUUCAUGGAGUCCAGGUCACACUCUACCUGUACUUCACAUCUCACCCUUGAUCAUUACAGUGCUCGUACCAUUCUUAAAAUAUUUUACUACUUCGUAUUUUUUUCUUUUCAGUCAGACAGAACAUACUAGAAUCACUUUCUCAGAUGAUAUAAUCCUUUAUUAGGCUUAGUGCCUGCCUAUCCCACCUCAUGCCAAUAUUAGUACUGCUCUUGUCUCACUCUGGAUACUCAGACCCAAGGCUUUUUGGAGGAGGGUGUGGGUUGAGGUUACGGAAGAUGUAGAAAUGACGGUGGGGAGAGAUGUUAUUUUUAGAGUAUUUUUAACCAAAGGAUUGGAAGAGCUGUCCAGGACUAGGAAGCCUAGUGGCUCUGAACAGUAAAUAAAUACCCCUUGUCAGGAAUAGAUGGGGUAGUAGGGGGACAUUACCUGCACUGAGUGUGAGGACUAGACUUUGUUGCUUUACUGACCCUCCCUGGAUCAGGCCACCUCAGCCCAGUUCUUCUUUUCCUGACUUACUGAUCAAUGAGCUCAUUUAGCCCCUUGGUGCUUGCAUUGCUUAUCCCCUGCUGCUUCAGUGUAUGCCAUUUGGGGCGCCUACUUGUGGGUUGUUCUUUUGCUCCACAAAGGUGCGGUGAGAGGGCUUGCUGGAAUGGAUUGUAAACAUCUAAAAAAAAAAAGUUAUUUUGUGCACUUGCCCCCCCUUCUGGGAGAGCAGCAGCAUUGCACUUAUUAUUAGCAGGUUACCUCGACCUUCUUGGCCUAGGGCAGUAAACGUGGGUCAGAGAUCAGGUCUAAACUUGUCCCCAGGCUCUGAUAGACCAACUUCAAAGAGGAUGGUAUGACAGCCAGUCUGUAAGGGCUAGGUCUAACCUCGUGCCUUGCCACAUUAACCCCUGCCUGACUCCCUCCUAAACCAGCUAUGCCAUUUCUGUGCUACCUGCUUUUAACUCCUUCCAGGCAUUAGCAGAUCUCGCCUUCACUCAGCUUUUACCCUUUCCUUUUGUAGGAGGGUCUUCCUUCAACAGCUGAGCCAGGCCUGUGAGCUCUAUCACCCUUCUCCUCUUUGCUGAAUUCUGCGGCACCUCCCUAGAGGUGCUCCCCACGAGACUAGUAGUAAGAGAGGUAGGUGCCCUCUCACCCCAGUUACCACUGCUGCUUCUCCUUGGCCUGUCCACUUCCAUUUCAAACGAACCUCUGUUCUCCCGGGUAUGGCCCACAACUUCCUUGUCCUUGUUACAGAUCUACCUCACAGUUCCACAAUUCAACAUGGGCACAAGCACCUGGUUUACAUGUGUUUCCUUCCUUUACUGUCCUUCCCUUCCCGAGGUUUAGGAAACUGGGGGCUAGAAAGGGCUCACGAUCAAAUGCAAGAAUUCGUUAUUUCUAUUUCUGGAAUGUCUUUGAGAUUUUUACCUCAUUUAUCACCCUAGAAUAGUGUGAACUCUUCAGUUAGAUAUUGCUGUGGUAGGCCAAAUGAUGACUGCUUAGGAUAUUAAGUAAUGCUUGGGAGCCACCCCCAGGAACACCAGCAUUGGAGCAGAGCUUAUAACUUGAUUAAGUUUGCCAGUGGCUGCCACUAGCUGAGAAGGUAAGCAUGUACCAAAGCAGCCAUCUGAGGUUUUUAUAGGGCUGAAAACAGAUAUUCCUUCUCCUCCUAUUCCAGUUAGAGGGUCACCAAAACAAAACUUCCAGCCUUCAGUGUGAUAAGCUUUCCCAGCUUGUAAAAAGUUCUCACAGCAUGUACUGGUGUCUGCAUCUGCCAACACAUACAGGGGUGGCGAGUGCACUCCUGCAUGCACUUAACCACCUUGGACAGGAAAUGUUUAAUUAUCCUCAAAACACAUUUUGUGCAGUUUUUCUUUAUCCAGAGGUUUCUAAUUUUACACUCUUGUCAUGUUUGUGCCAGUGCUACCCAUUCUAAUUUUUCUGACCGUUGGUAUUCUCAUGUUUCUUCCCUAUAAUUUGGUAGAAUUUCUCUUAUUUCAACUUGUGAAAUAAAACACAAACGUCUA